UUACAACUCUGGAGUCUGGACAAACCUCUAUAUCUCCAUUAAAGACCGAUAUUAAAUGAGAGAGAGAAAGAAGAUCUCGUAUUUCUAUUGUUUUGAACAUUUUUGACUGACACAUUAAAAAAAUUCUGACAUGGGUUUCUAUGAACUCCGCUCGUCUCCACGUGUAUUCUGGGAGAGAGAGAAAGAGAGAGAGAGAGAGUCUUUUUGAGUUUUUUUCCCCUGGAGGAAACUUUCGUCGGUUGCGUUUUGUUACUUAAGGAGUGAGCGGUUGAGUGCCGACUGCCGAGAGAGCACUCAUUGUGAGAGAAAAGUUGUCUGAACUCUGAAGAACUCCGUUUCGUGUUUUGGCUUUUGAGGAAAAAGUGGGAUUUACAUUGAGUAAUGAAGACUUUUGGGUCCUGGGUUCUUGUUACAUUGGCUGGAAUAGCAUUGAUGUUCUUCGCCUUCACCAGCAGCUCCGUCUAUGGUAAGGUCUCACCAAGCCAUGGGGAUACUAUGAUGGUGUUUUCAUCUUACAGGAAAUUGAAGGAUGAAAACUAUAGUCCAAGCAAGAGGAAAAACUUGGGAAAUUUGAACCUGGAAGAUUAUGGUCAUCUUGAUCCGCCUCCAAGUUCAAGUUCAAGGGAGACUAUAAAAUCUGGACCAAUUGAGUAUGGAACUCCUGUUAUUCCAUAUAUUCCAAAGCGAGCACCCCCAAGUCCUCCAAAGGACAAUAUGUCUCCUUAACCCACUUAGAACAUCCUGGAUUCUCGAAUGACCUGAGAUCAUUCCACACCAGUGGAUAUGCUUAAGCUAAAUAAUAUAGUAGCAUAAUAUUUAGGUGAUUUAGCACUAGCAGUUUCUUUUAUCAAGCUUUACAUAGUCUGUAUGCAGGAGAUUAUCAAUAUAUGUGGUGUUUCUUUUCCUCUUUAUUUAAUAUAUAUUAUUUUUUUCCA